GGUAAAAAUGUUGCAAGAGUUUCCCCAAAAGAGAGGUCCUGGGGAGGGGCAGUAGGCUAGGAGGCAAAGGAGAGCAGAUGCUUACUCAGGACCUCCACUGUACCCCGUGGUCUCACCCUCACCCUCCUUUAGAUCAACAUAUCCUCUAACCCAACACUCUUAGCUGCACUGCCUUCCUCUGUGCACCAUGUUUCAGGAAAUUUCCCCUUCCUUUUGAUUUUUUUUUUAAUUGUUGGAAAAAUAUGCUGUCUAGUGAUGGAGACUCACUUCAUGGGUGUCAAGCCAGAAUGUCUUGUAGAAUUUCUGGGAACUUCCUCCCACUGGGAAGGAUCUCCUCAAAUGAAGCAACCAGGAUGUAAUUUUAGAAAAGGGGCAAAUAAAAAAGAUGAAAUCGGACUGAAAACACAAGGAUUUCUCUCGCCCUGCAUUUGGCUCCAGCACAACAAAGUUAGCUGGGGCGGAGAGAUUUCCUGGGACUAGACCUUUCCUUCCACAGGGUACAAGGCCCUGCUCAUGGACCUGCACCCCACCACCAGCAGCUCCCUUACAUAUAUAUAUUCUUAAAAGAAAACCAAGUCUUACUUUCAAAGCACACACUUAGUCUCAACUAGGGAAUCAACAGAAGCAGAAGCGAUUUUUUUCCCCCUUCUUGACAUCUGGCUUGCGAUUGGCUGGAAGGGGGUCAGCUGACUUUGUCAUUUUGUCUGUCCUGGAUUGGAGCCGUCCCUAUAACCAUCUAGUUCCGAGUACAAACUGGAGACAGAAAUAAAUAUUAAAGAAAUCAUAGCCCGACCAGGUAAAGGCAAAGGGAUGAAUUCCUACUUCACUAAUCCCUCCUUAUCCUGCCACCUCGCCGGGGGCCAGGACGUCCUCCCCAACGUCGCCCUCAAUUCCACCGCCUAUGAUCCAGUGAGGCAUUUCUCGACCUAUGGAGCAGCCGUAGCUCAGAACCGGAUCUACUCGACUCCCUUUUAUUCGCCACAGGAGAAUGUCGUGUUCAGUUCCAGCCGGGGGCCGUAUGACUAUGGAUCUAAUUCCUUUUACCAGGAGAAAGACAUGCUCUCAAACUGCAGACAAAACAGCUUAGCUCAUAACACACAGACCUCAAUCGCUCAGGAUUUUAGUUCUGAGCAGGGCAGGACUGCGCCCCAGGACCAGAAAGCCAGUAUCCAGAUUUACCCCUGGAUGCAGCGAAUGAAUUCGCACAGUGGGGUCGGUUACGGAGCGGACCGGAGGCGCGGCCGCCAGAUCUACUCUCGGUACCAGACCCUGGAACUGGAGAAGGAAUUUCACUUCAACCGCUACCUAACUCGGCGCCGGCGCAUCGAGAUCGCCAAUGCUCUGUGCCUGACCGAGCGACAGAUCAAAAUCUGGUUCCAGAACCGCCGGAUGAAGUGGAAAAAAGAAUCUAAUCUCACGUCCACGCUUUCGGGGGGCGGCGGAGGGGCAGCCGCUGACAGCCUGGGAGGAAAAGAGGAAAAGCGGGAAGACACAGAAGAGGAGAAGCAGAAAGAGUGACCAGGACUGCCCUUGCACCCCUCUCCCUUCCCUUGCUCAUCCCAGCUCCCCGAAUCACACACUCUGUAUUUAUCACUGGCACAAUUGAUGUGUUGUGACUUCCUAGAACAAAACAGGGAGUCAGACGUGGACCCGAAAGUCAGCUCCGGACCCUCCCUCACUGCACAACUCUUCCGAG